AUGACGGUGCCAGUGCCCAACAGCACGGCGGCGUCGUGGGCACUGCCAGAGCCGGAGCUGGAGCGCUCCCCCUGCCUGGUUGGCAUCGUGCCCAUCGUGUACUACAGCGUCCUGCUGGGGCUGGGGCUGCCAGCGAACAUCCUGACCGCCGUGGCCCUGUCCCGCCUGGCCACCAGGACCAAGAAAUCGUCCUACUGGUACCUGCUGGCCCUGACCACCUCCGACAUCCUCACCCAGGUCUUCAUCAUCUUCGUGGGCUUCAUCCUGCAGACGGCCAUCCUGGCGCGGGCGGUGCCCGGCGCCUUCAUCCACACCGUCACCGUGCUGGAGUUCACGGCCAACCACGCGUCCACCUGGGUCACCGUGCUGCUGACCGUGGACCGCUACGUGGCCCUGUGCCACCCUCUGCGCUACCGCGCCGUGUCCUACCCGCGCCGCACCCGCCGCAUCAUCGCCGCCGUCUUCGCCGCCGCGCUGGCCACCGGCGUCCCCUUCUACUGGUGGCUGGACAUGUGGCGCGACGCCGACCCCCCCACGGCGCUGGACACGGCGCUCAAGUGGCUGCACUGCGUCGCCAUCUAUUUCCUGCCCUGCAGCAUCUUCCUGGCCGCCAACUCGGCCAUCGUCCGCAAGCUGCGGCGGCGGAGGCGCGCGGGGGGCGGCAAGGCCGCGGCGCUGCUGCUGGCCGUCACCGCCGCCUUCGUCGUGCUCUGGGCUCCCCGCGCCGUCGUCACCAUGUGCCACCUGUACGUGGCCUCGGUCAGGAGGGACUGGCGCGUGCACCUGGCCUUGGACGUGGCCAACAUGGUGGCCAUGCUCAACACCUCCCUCAACUUCUUCCUCUACGGCUUUGUCAGCAGCACCUUCCGGCGCGCCGUGGGCGAGGUGCUGCGGGGGCAGCCGCGGGCAGCCCCUCGCCGUGGCAGCGCCCGCUGCCCACCCUUCCCACCCCCGGGGCUGGAACCGCUGAAACUGCUGGGCAGCACCACGCUCUGAGCCAUGGCGGCGCCCAGCUGGCAAUGCCCACCCAGCCCCAUGGAUGGCACCAGGAGCGGGGAGACCCUCACCCCGUCCAUGGAGCUGGGGUUAUGCUGCUGGGGGUGGCAGGAGGAGGGGAUUGUGACCAGACACUCAUUUGGGGAUGCCGUGGUGCCUGCCUGGCAGCAGCAGCCCAGGGUGGGCAGCUCGGCCCUGCCCAUGCUCAGCCCCUGGCACAACGCUGGAACUCAUCCAGGGAGCUCAGUUCAUCCAGGGAGCUCAGCUCAUCCAGGGAACUCAUCCAGGGAUCUCAUCCAGGACAUGCCCAGCCCAGUGGCACCGAGGGUCCUGGGGAGCCCAGGGCUGCCCAUGGUGAGGGGUGGAGGGCACAAAUGAGCACCUGUGAGCCCUGACAAGGACAUGGUGCCCUCCCUGGGUGCCACUCCAUAAACUGCCGUGCUGAGACCAAAGCUCUGGCUGGGUCCGGCUCCCUGGGGCAGCUGGAACGGAGGCAUCCUGCUGCAGCAUCUCUGGCACGGGGUCCCUCUGUCCUGCCCGCCCCGGUGCCCCUGCCCCGUGCCCGGGAGUGCUGGGGGAGCACCCACAGGGUCUGCUCGCUGCGAUGGGGUCUGCACACACGGUAAGGUCACAGCUCCCGGCCCCCACCCA